AUGGACAAGUUCUAUUGUCGAGCUUGCCAUGAAGAGGGCGACCUCAUCUCGUGCGAUGCAUGCGGCGACGGUUACCGUGGCGCACGCGCCGCCGCCGCUGUUUCAGCACCAGCACCUUCAGUCUCUUACCAUGCGACCCACAUCGCUCCUGCCCAGCAAUCCGCACUAACGUUAGCAGCAGCUGAAGACGGCGCAGGAACAUCAGCUUCCGGAGCUGCACAGCUCCCACCGCCGCCACAACCGCUGCUCGUUCAUGCCCGCUGCAUGGCGGCCUCCGAGGAGUGUCCAGGCCGCCAGGCCGACUGGUACUGCCCCGCGUGUCGCUGUGUUUUCUGCGGCGAGGGCUGCUACCUAGUAACGUCCGUGCCAGCUUAUGCAAACACAUGGCAUGCUUUGGGCGCGGCGGUACCGACCGUGCCCCUCUUAAGCGGAGCGUCUGGCAACGGCAGCGGCAGACCAGUGGGUCGCUCAGCUGCGCUGGCCGCUGGGCCGGCGGCGGUCCCGGCCACGGAGCAGCGCCGAGGCGAUGUGGCACAGCUUGCUGUAUGGCGGAUGAUGACGAGUCGGGUGGCUGCAGAACAGGUUGGAGAGGGAAGGUGGGAGGGGAGGUUAGACCAGGGCCGGACAACCCAUGGGGCGCCAGCACCGGCACUAGCGGCAGCACCGGCACCAGCAGCCCCAUGGCCCCUCCUGGAGCAAUGCCAACGCCAUGCCGCCAGCGCCGACAGUCCUCUGGAGCUUGAACAGCGUCUUGAUGUGGAGGUCUUGCCCAAUCCGCGCCGCGAUCCCGAGCUGAACUGGCCGCUACGGGAAUUGCUUCAGAGGGUGUUGCAGACCCCGAAAGUCGCUUGGACGCAGCAGCAACAACAGCAGCCUGAUCGAAAUGAGCUUGAGGUAGAGCCGCCCCUGGAGCCCCAGGCCAAGCGGAGCCGCGUUGCAGGACCUGACGAUGACCGCAUGGCGGCAGCAGGAGCAGCAGGAGCUGCCCCUUUCGUUGCGCCGCCGUCCUUCACGCAACUUCUCUGCGGCGGUGACGACGACGACGGCGGCGGCGACCCUCCAGGCGGACCCAGCCCCUACAGCAUUUUUGGGGUGCUGCAAGUUAAUAGUCCACCGCAGCAGCAGCAGCAGCCGCAACCGCAGCGGGAAUGCGAUCGCUCGCGACCCACGGGAGGCGCCGCUGCAACAGCAGCCGCUGCCGUCGUGUCGACGGCGUCGACCAUACCGGGGCAAUCCCAGAUGUUUCCGUGGACCAGCACCGGCGGCCCUGGCGGCGGCCCUGGCGGCGGCGGCGGCUGCUCGGACCCGUUCACGCGCUUGCCGUGCGCGCCCGGUCCGUCAGUCAACCCAGCGGCGGUCUUCGUGCCGGCCUUCGCAGCCGCCCUGGUGGCGGCGGUUAACACGAACGGCGGCGGCGGCGGCGGGCCUCCGUCAGCGCUGCCGCCGGGGCAGAUCGUCGCACUGACGGCUUUCCUGCAUCGGCGCACCAUGCAGCUUAAACAGCAAAUUAUGCAAAUCGAGCAGCUGCAACGACAGCAACAGCUGCAAGAGGUGCCGUACUGCGGAAAUUUCGCCAGGCAGGCGUCCAGUAGUAUGGCGGUCGGCAACUUCAGCGGCGACGGCACUGCUGCAGCUUUAAGCGCCGCAGGUGCCGUGUCUCCUGACGUGGAGGCGAUUGGGGAUGCGGCUCAGCAUGUUCAGAGCGGGGCGCCCGGCCGGCCGGAUAUCGCUGCCGGCGUCGCCGCUGCGUUACCGGCUGCUCCGCCAGCAUCCGGACCAGGACCACCGCCACCGCCACAACCCGCAGCAGCAGCAGCCGCAGCCGCUCCGGAGCCUAGGCUUGGAUUGGCACAGGCCCCCGCGACGUGUGUACGAGAGUCCAUGCCGCCAGCAGCAGAGCGGGAUUCUGCGCUGCAAGCAGAAGCAGCAGCUGCGGCAGCGGCGGCGGCGGCGGCCCCACCGGACGCCGCAGCUACAGCGCCAAAACCCGCCAGGCCGCGUUUAAGUGCUGUCGAGCGGCUGGAGUUGAUGCGGCAGCGGAGAGCGCAGGCGGCGGCGGCGGCGGGAGCGACGACGGCGGCAGCGGCGGCGCAGGGCCGCGGUCACCGUGGGGGGUUGCCUUCGGGUCGCGCGGCGCGUCAGGCAACAGCGGUACAUCGGGAGCAAAGCGGUGAGUCUCGCCUGGCCGCGCUGCGCUUGGAUGGGGUGUUGGGGCGGCUGGGCUGGCGGGCUGCUUUGUUCCUUAUAUGGGGAUGGUGUAGCCGGGCCCUAGGUUGUGGCCCCCUCCCCAUCACCUCACCUCCCUCAUGGCUCCAGGCUGAUGGUGCCCCGUUAGGCGCUGCCGCUGUCAAGCGCGGUAGUGGCCCCGCCGUCGACGUCGACGUCAGGCCAGAGGAUCGGGAGGCUGGUGCUGCCGCCGUUACGGCGGGUGCAGCGGCGGCGGCGCAACAAGAGCCGACGUCUGCACCUCCCCAGCGCAACCUUGAGCUACGGCCGGAUGCCGCCGCCGCAACAGCGGUGGCGGCGGCAGCUCAGGCGCCAUUCGGGCCUCCUGCCUCAUCGUCGCAGCCGUCAGAGCUGCCGCCGGUGGCGCAGUUGUUGCUGCCUGAGUCGUUGCUGCCUGAGGGGGGAGAUGAUGGGGACGCUGGCGGCGGCGCCGCCGUAGAGUGCGCACAGGCGGCCGCUAGUAGUGUGGAUGCCGUGGCAGUACCAAUUGCGGCAGCAGAUGUGGCAGUACCAGACGCUGCCGCUAGCAGGCAUCCGCAGUUACCGCCAGCACGACAGCCGCCGCCGCCGCCGCCGCCGCAGCAGCAGCUGCAGAUCAAUGCACCGACUGCGGAGGUGCUCUCCGCGCUGGCGCUGCUGCAAUCGUUGCCGUCGCCGCCGACGCCGCCGACUGCGCCCGGUGCGGCGGUCGUCGCUGCCCGUGUAGUGGCGGCGGCGGCGGCGGAGUCCAAGGAGCUAGUCGCGCCCACCGCAAGCGCGGGUGCUAUCCCCAUGGCCACUGCGUCCGUGGCCGAUGCCACGGACGAAAUGGAGCAUUGUAACACCAUAUCGUAUAACUGUGCCGUGCGUUGUAUCUGCUGCGGCCGCCUCUGCCACGUGAGCUGCUUGACGGCGUACCUGGGGGGCAUGGACCGUGGGCGGCAUCAGCUCGGCCUGGACGAGCUAGCGUCCGUACAGGACCGACAGCAGCAGCUGCUACUGCCUGGCACACCCGCGCCGUGGCUCCUAGCCAAUGACCCCUACGCAGCGGCGAGUGCCGCAGCAGGCACAGGCCCGUCGCGAUCCGCCGCCGCCGCCACCACCACCGCUGCCGCUGCUAAUGGCGGCGGCGGGGAUCCUGGCACACUCCUACUUGCCUGCGUCGGAGGAGCAGCGGGAAAGGUCCUUCCUGGAGGGGAACCGAAACCAUUGUCUUCUGAUGGACAACCAACAGGCCCAGUCCUAGAACGACCCAUGGGUCACCAACCUGGGGCCGAGUUUGUGUGCAGCGCCGAAUGCGAUGCGGUAUUGCGAUGUCUGCGUUGGUUGCGAGAGAAGGGCUGCAUGCAAGUGGAAUGCAACCCGGCGGCGCUGGGUUUGGCCGCCGAGGCUUCCCUGGAGUGGCAGCUGGUGGAGCUCUGGCCGCCGCUGCCACCGCCGCCGGCUGCGGGCGCCGCCGCCGCCGCCAACGCCUUGAGCCGCGGUGGAAACGCUGGCGGCGGCGAUGCAGAUGGAGUGUGCGGGAUUGAGGCACGUGCAGGAGAGAAGGACGAUUCGCAGGAGCCGCAGCAGCAGCCGUACAUCGAUGUGGAUGGGCUCCUGAAGGAUCUGGAAGCUUGCUUGGAUGCGCCUGCCGCCGUCGGUGGCGGAGGUGGCGGCGGCGGAGCCCUGGUGGGUCUUGAUCCGUCCUGGAGGACGGCUGGCGGCCGCCUUGGAGGGCUGUCCUGGGGCCCGGUGCCGGACAGCAUCCGCUGCAGCGGCGGCGGCGGCAGCGGUGGCGAUGGCCGCAGCGGCGACGGGGCCUUCAAGGAUGCUGCUAUCGGGAGCGACGGAGGCGAGAGCGGAGGCGGAGGCGGAGCCGCCGGCGGCAGCGCGGCAGGCGGCGUUGGCCUGGCUGUACGGCAUGAGAUUGAGCGUGGGGGUGUACAGCUGGCCGCCUUGCUCUGGGUGGACGAGCAGAUUAGCGGCGUUGUACUUGUACAUGUGUACGGUGCUGGCGUCGCAGUGGUGCACGUGCCCGCUGUACAUCCACGCUUUGCUGCUCGAAGCCCCGGCCUGGCGGUCCAGCUGCUUCGCGUCCUGGAAGAUGCAUUGUCGUGCGUAGGCGUCCGUAACAUUUUGCUGAGCCUUACGCCCGCCGCCGCAUACGACAUGGUGACGUACAAGCCGGAUCUGUUGUACAAGCGACGCGGCAGGCAUCCGAGACUGACGGCGGCGGAGGCCGCCGCGCGCGCGGGUGCGAGCGUCGCUGCGGCGGCGGCGAUGUGGCUGGACAGCUUGGGCUACAUGCCCGCCGAGGCAAGUUUGCUUGCGGCGAAGGAGAUGUCGUCGUACCGAUUGGACUUGCCGCCGCCGUCGGCGCUGCUUGCCGCGGAGGACCCUCGUUGCCCUCCGCCAGGGCCGUACUGCGCGCAGCCAGUUGGACGAGUGCUGUACUGCAAGCACCUCCGGCGCCCUAUUGGCGGCGCAGCUGCCGCCGAGCAGCUGGCCGCGGCGGCGGCCGCCGCCGCCACUGCCGCCGCCGCUGCUUCCACCUUCCUCCUCCGCCGGGGCAGCGGCUCUGCCGGCGCAUCAUUGGAGAUCAUUAUCAGCGAGAAUGCCGACGGGAGCAGCGCCGGCGGCGCUGGGAGGCGUCACCUGGGGUCUGUCAUUGAAUAUCCCGUGUCGGAGGGACUACAGGGUCAGGGCGAGGGUCAGGGUCGCGGACGCAGCCGGGGGGGAGGGCGGGGGCGGGGGCGGUCCCGUGGCAGGGGCCAUGGACAAGGACGUAGCCGCGGACGCGGACGCGGCCCUGGGAAAAGCAGAGUUCCUGCAAAAGUGCCGGCGGGGGAGCUGGGAGAGGGCUUGAUGGGGCUUUGGGAGCGGCUGUCUAGCGACGGCGCAGCUGCCGACCUUGCGGAUGGUAGCGGCGGCGGAGACGGAGGAGACGGCAUACCUCAAGCCGCCAGCGAUUGCGGUGGCGGCGGUGGCAGCGAAAGCGCGGCGACACCACCGGAUGCUACAGACGUGACAGCCGUGUCACUGAUGGCCGUCGCCGCCGCCACAGGCGCCGAGCUGGUCGCAGGUGCAACGGGCAUUGAUGCAGCCGCGCACGGUGGCGAUAUGGCGCCGGACGAGUGCAGGGAGGAGGUUUUGCACGCCGUCCCGUCGCUCGUAGAACCUGGCGGCGCCGGCGGGCCCCAGCCGUUCUUCGCGACGCCAAUGACGCCGUACACAGCCGUACAGCCAGGGCCGACCGAACGAUCGAGUGCCGUCCCAGCAACGUUUUCUCCGUUUAUUUGCCCCGCAGUUGAUGCGGAUUUGUACUGUCAGGAAGUGGCGGAGGCGGCAGCGCGCCGCUACCCGCCACCGCAGCUGCUUCUGUCGUCGGCGGAUGCAUCCCGGAACCCGUACUUGCCGCCGGUUCCAUAUCCUCCGCUGCGGCUGGUCAUCGACGAGGUGGCAGCUGACGCAGUUGUAGGGCCCAUCAGGACCGACAUCAAGGUGCAGCGUGGGGCGGCGGCAGCGGCGGGAGCAGCUGUAGCAGCAAUAGCGGCGGUGCAUUCCGGGGCGGCGGCGGCAGCCGAAGCCAGCUGCGGUUCUGGCAGCGUUGAUGCGGAUUUGUACUGUCAGGAAGUGGCGGAGGCGGCAGCGCGCCGCUACCCGCCACCGCAGCUGCUUCUGUCGUCGGCGGAUGCAUCCCGGAACCCGUACUUGCCGCCGGUUCCAUAUCCUCCGCUGCGGCUGGGUUCUCAGUGUUGGGCGGUUGGAGGCUCCGGUGCUUGGGCAGUAGCCGUGUUGGGCGGCGGCGCGUCCACUGUGGCGGCUGAGGAGGCUGUAGCGGCUGCCGCCGCUGAAGGGGCCGCUGCUACUGCCUGGGAGGUCAUCGACGAGGUGGCAGCUGACGCAGUUGUAGGGCCCAUCAGGACCGACAUCAAGGUGCAGCGUGGGGCGGCGGCAGCGGCGGGAGCAGCUGUAGCAGCAAUAGCGGCGGUGCAUUCCGGGGCGGCGGCGGCAGCCGAAGCCAGCUGCGGUUCUGGCAGCGGUGCGAUACGGGAGGGUGACGUACAUGUCGCCGCUGACGCAGGCGGUCAACUACUGCCGGGUGUAAUGUACGACGACCAUGUGGCGGAUAUCCCAACUGUGAAUGAUGAUGCCGUACCCGCUGACGCGGCAGCCCUUGACGCCGCCACCGCCGUCGAUCCGGCGGCAAUGGCUGGCGGUUUGACGGACGGCGAGCGGCCACGGAAGCGAGCUCGCGGGCCACCCACGGCAGGCGUCGUGGAAGCCGGCGGCAGCGGCGGCGGCGGCGGCGGCGCGACGGACGUGAGGUGUAGCGCUCAGGAGUCUCCGAAGGGCACUAUGCCAGUGGAUCACCGUUUAGCAUCGCCACGCAGCGGCAACGUGUCGCAGCGGCCCUCUGACCACGGCAACGCGGCGGCAGUACCGGUAGCGGUAGCGGCAUCGGCGGCGCCGCCGCCGCCGUCAGGUGUGACCCCGGCGGAAUGGCAGUUGUUCCAGGAGUGGCGGCGGCUGCAGCAGCAGCAGCAACCGACUGGGGCGGCGGCGGCGGCAGCGGCGGCGGCGGGGGCUGCGAACACCCGUGGUGGCAAUGACUGCGCGCAUCAUCUCAACAAUCCUUCCAACACAGACAAGCUCAGUCUCCGAUAA